AUGGAAGCUUUCAGCCAAACAAAUCCUGGCUUCAGAGAGGCGACCAACGAUGAACCUGUGCAAGCCUUAUGCAUAAUUCGUGGUAUCCGAUAUUGUCAUGGCUUUGCAACCGAGCUUCGUAGGCUGGUUCCUGAACUCACUGGAGCCCUCAAUGCACGCAAUAUCAUGAACAAUGAAAUACUUCACUUGAACCCAGAAUGCCCUGAAGAAUUCCAUCCUGUCUCUGGCAUCCAGAUACAGCGUCAGAGACAACCUAUCGCGAGAUAG